AAUUAACGACUGCACCUGUACAAGCGCGUCGCUAUCUCAGGUGUUCUUAUUUCAAUGAGAUGAGAUAAUUCAAUGAGUAAACAUGAGCUUUCUCUACACGUUUAAUCCAAUACAAUUUGUACUAAAUGUCUAUAAUAGAGUUAUUGUCAAAGUCUCAGAAUAUUAGAAAAUUGCUUCACGUUGUUCUCUGCAGUAGGCUAUUGAUAGGAUACAGUAACAGAACCAUAAUAAACUUUUUUUGACAAAUGUCAAAUAAUAAAUCAAAUGAGAAAUGUCGUUUAUUUCUUAAUGUAAAAAAAACAAACAAAAAACAUUUGACAUCUUAUUUUGUCAUCUUCCCUCCAGUUUUUCAUCCUUUCAGCAUCAGUGAAUGGAACUGCGCGCCCCCAGCAUGAAAGAAAGCGGCUCCAUGUAUCAGGUGGAGCAGCUGCUCUGCUCCAGCAUCUCAGUCCCUGACACAGGAACUGGGCUGUGUCGCCUGCAUGCCAAAGGAUACCACAAUUACCACCCCUACAGCCAGCAGGCCUGGAUGGGCAGCUCAGCUCCAGCCGUAGCUCUGGCCUCAGCCAUGGCCUCCGCCCCAGCCACAGAAACCCGGCACAGGGCCAACAGGGUGCCUGCCUUGUGCAGCAGCCCAGAGUGUGCAGCUUCCAGACUGGAUUACGGAAUGGCCCUGGCCAAGAGAGGUGCUGGGGUUGGAGCAGGAAAGGUGCUGGUGACAGGGGGAGCAGGGUAUUUUGGAUUCAAGCUGGGCCGAGCGCUGGCCAGUCAGGGGGUGGAGGUGGUCCUGCUGGAUCUGCACAAGCCACCCUGGGAGACUCCCGAUGGAGCCCUCUUCCAUCAGAAUGACAUCCGUGACUAUGACUCUCUCCAUAAGGUGUGCGAGGGGGUGAACUGUAUCUUCCACACAGCUUCGUAUGGAAUGUCUGGCCCAGAACAGCUGAGGAAAGAGCAGGUGGAGUCUGUCAAUGUUGGAGGGACACACAACGUCAUUAAAGUGUGUUUGGAGAGAGGUAUCCCCAGACUGGUUUACACCAGCACAGUCAACGUGGCCUUUGCUGGCAAACCGAUCGAGGAGGGUGACGAGGAUUCUGUCCCCUGUGUGCCCCUGGACAUGCACAUAGAUCACUACUCCAGAACCAAAGCUGUUGCUGACCAGAUGGUCCUCUCAGCCAAUGGGUGCUCUCUCAAAGGUGGGGGCAUGUUGCGGACCUGUGUUCUCCGACCAUCCGGUAUCUAUGGCCCAGAAGAGAGAAGACACCUACACAGAGUCAUGGGGAACGUGGAGCGCAGGUUGUUCAGCUUCAGUUUUGGGAACCCCCUGGCCAGGAUGAACUGGGUCCAUGUAGACAACCUUGUGACAGCCCACACGCUGGCUGCUGAGGCCCUCACCUCUAGGAAGAACUGUGUGGCAAGUGGACAGGCCUAUUUCAUCAAUGAUGGAGAAUCAGUUAACUUGUUCGAGUGGUUGACCCCAUUGUUUGAGAAGCUGGGUAACAGUCGACCCAUGAUACACCUGCCUGUGUCACUGGUGUAUUCCGCAGCCAUCCUAAUGGAGUGCUUACAUGUUGCGCUGAGGCCCCUAGUGGAAGUCCCUUUGCUGUUCACCAGAAAUGAGGUCAGAAACAUUGCUGUGAGCCACACCUUCAAGAUUGAUAAGGCCCGUCGAGACCUUGGCUUCUGCCCCAAACACUACAGCCUGGCGGACUCUGUGGAUCAGUACCUGAGGUCUCGACCCCUGACAUCUAACUCCUCUCUCCUGAGACUCUCCAAGGAUUCUCCUCUGGUCCUGCUUCUAGUGGUGGGGAUCAGUCUCACUGUGCUGCUGCUCAGCUUCUUGCUCUUGGAGCACUAGCCAUCUAGAUAGCCCAUUAGCCUAAAACACACAACACAACCCCAAACAUGGUAGCCCCUGACUCAGAUGGGUCUUCUAUAAUAUCCUUCUAAAUCUAUAGAAAAACAUUAACAUAUAAGGUUAUUUUCUUGAUGGUUUUAUUGUUCCAUUGGAGAUCGUUCUUUUUCUAUGAUAAGCUGUGCUUGAUAGUAACGUAAAGUUUUAGUGUUUCUGUUUUCUUUUUCAUUUGAUUAAGAUACUAGGUUAUUAUAAAGAAGAUGGUAUAAUGUGUACAAGGCUCCACUACUAUGUAUAAGUCACAUGUUAUAUGUAAUGUUCCACCUGAAAGGACUGCUCAGCUGGUAGCCAGAGUGGACCCACAAAAUGGUGGGUCAGAGGAAUGUACUACAUGUUGUGACAAAUACAAUCUGGUCACGAUACUGUUGAUAAAGUACUUUAACCUGAAAGCUAUAGUUAGUUUACUGCUAUUCCUAAAGAAGACUGUGUUUCAGUUUUGUAUGCAUGUACGACAUAUACAAUACUUUUUUAAAUUACUGUAUUUAGAUGCAGAGUAGUACAAAACUUUGUUGGUAAAUAACGCAUGCUUCUCCCCACUUCUUCAAUGGUGGGUUUUUGUUGUGAUUUUCUUAUUCAAGGGUUUAGGCAUAACUAAUUACAUAUCUAUAAUUUAAUUGUAGGUUUUUGCAAUAAGAGAAAAAGAGAAAAGGUGUGAAUGGGGUGGGGGGGUGAGAGAAUAUUUUGUUCUUCUCCGUUUAAUAUACUUCCAUAGUUAUGCAACAAACUAAUAUUAGAUAUAUACGUAUGAAUUGGAGAACAUUCAAAUACAUUAUGUAAAGAGCUUGACGUGCACCUCCUGAAUUUUCUAACUAGCCGUCGUAAUUUCGGAUAGUUACGGAUACCCCCUUGGCUGUGAUUGGUCAGUAU